AUGUCCUCUUCCGUGUUCUUCCGCUUCAAAUCUCAAAGGGAGCCAUCUAGGGUAGCCUUUGAUGGGACUGGCAUCUCGGUCUUCGAAUUGAAACGAGAGAUCAUAACCAUGAAUCGACUUGGUGAUGGUACAGACUUUGAAUUGAUCAUAACUUCUGAAGACACCAACGAAGAGUACGAUGACGAUACCUCAAUAAUACCCCGAUCGACUACCGUCAUCGCGAAGAGACUUCCUGCUGUGAAAGCAGGACGAGGAGGGGCUGCACGAUAUGUAUCUGGCAAGAUACCUCAAAAUGCGAAGAAUUUUCAUCGAAUGGAAGCCCCCGCAACUAAAUCCUCGUCUUUCAACGCAUCCAAUGGGGCAACAGCGAUGAACGGAGCCCAGAACGAAGAGGAAAGGAUCGCGGCAAUGUUCAAAAUGGGCGCAGAUCAGUGGGCGCAGCAACAACAAGAAAUGGCCAGUGCUACACCAGUGCACCGCGCUGGCCCCAAUAAAGGCAAACCGGCGAACCUGCCAGAUCAUCCUCCUCCUCCUGGAUAUAUUUGCUACCGAUGUGGCGAAAAGGGCCAUUGGAUUAUGGUGUGUCCCACGAACGACGACCCUGCAUACGACGGUCGACCUCGUGUAAAGCGCACAACGGGAAUCCCUCGCUCAUUCCUAAAAACGAUUCAGAAGCCGACGUCGCUCGUCAACGACGGUACCAUGGAUGACACAAAACAACCGGCGGGAAUCAUGGUCAAUGCUGAGGGAGAAUGGGUCAUCGCAGAACCUGACAAAGCAGCAUGGGCGCAGUUUCAGGCGAAGGCUAAGGUUGCUGCCGUGGCCCAGGAAGCUGCUGCGCGUGGUAGUAAAGAGCUUCAUGACAGAGGAUUAGAAUGCUCGAUCGACAAGCAUCUGUUUGUAGAUCCCACAAAGACACCAUGCUGUCAAUCAACAUUUUGCCGUGAUUGCAUCACUAAUAUAUUACUCGAAAACGACUUGCGCUGCCCCGAGUGUUCUACUGAGAACGUUCCGAUUGACGAUCUAGUGCCUGAUGAGCAAAUGAUGACCAAGGUUCGAAGCUAUGAGGAAGAAAAAGCUGCCGAUCAGGUUCGAAAAGAGAGCUCGAAGAGCCCGGUCAAAGGUGGGCCACAGAAAGGUGUUGACUCGCCACCUAACAACGACUCAGUCAAGACAACGCCGCCGCAGAAAUCUCAGGCCGUUAGUGCCACUUCACGGAAACGGCCUGCCGAGUCAGAGCUUGCCAACGAGCGUAAGGCACCUGCUCCCGCUGUUGGAGUUCCAGAGCAUAAAUCUGUCAACGGUACCAAGUCAGAAUUCCACCAGCAGAAGACAGGCGUAGCAUCCAACAUGCCUGCUAAUCAACAACCUUCGCUCUCGAAUGGGAAUUUCACAAUGCCGCAAGCGAUGAAUUCCAUGGCCUUUCCCAACAUGAAUGGCUUCAUGGGCGUGCCGAUGAGCAUGGCGCCUGUAAUGAACAUGAAUGGUGCGAUGCCGAACCCUAUGCUGAUGGCAAAUGGAUCAUUCACGGGGAACGACUGGAAUAACGUGUGGGGAGGCGGCUUUCCACAGCAAAUCAUGAACAUGGCGGGGGGUGGCUUCCAGAACAGUAUGAUGCCAAAUGGUGGCUACAAUCAAUAUAAUGCGCCGGGCAAUAGCUUCAUGAACAUGAAUGGCAUUGGAAUGAAUGGCCAGAGCAUGAAUGGCCAAGGAAUGGGUUCAUUUGCUAAUCAACAGCGGACGACUUUCAGCGCUCCGACGACCAACGAGGAAGACAGCGCGUACUUUCGCAAGCCGGUUAAUCCACACCGCCAUCAAGCCAGACGGAAUGUGCAAAGGCCGACAGACUACCGCGAGAUCUAG